AUGCUUGUGAUUUCUCCGUUCAAGACGCGGUUGAAGAGGACACGAAGCUGCACACUUAUCACAGCGCUUGCACAUACUGAAGCUGAUUCUCUAUUAACGGGGAUGAACAUUGUCACAAAAACUCCGGAGAACGCAGUCAGCAAAUCUCUUCUCGUGGGGGCAGAUCCGCUCCGCAUGGCGCUGCUCUGUUGCCCGUGCACUCCGCGGAAACCCCAACGCCCCUCGAAAUUCCGCCUCAACGUCGCAUGCAUCCCAACUCGACUCAUGCGUCGCCUCGUUUUUUGA